CAGAUCGAAAAUUAUAGAGUGGUAUUGUCAAGAACUUGGCGUUGAUUACGAAGCCGUACAAGUAGAUAUGGGUGCAGGACAGCACAAAGCUUCAGACUUCGUCAAAAAUGUCAAUCCUUUCGGUAAGCUGCCCGUCAUCACAAUGGCUGAUGGCACCCCUUUAAUCGAGUCGGGCGCACAGCUCCUGUAUUUGGCAGAUGUUUUCGAUCCCAACGUCUCCACAGCAGAAGAGAGAGGACUGGCCUCCCAGUGGACUCACUUUGCAAAUGCUAGCCUAGGACCAUCGAUUUUUAUGAAAGAGCAACGCGAGGCGGGUGUGAUGGACAAGCUUUUCGCUGUCCUGAACGAGCUGCUCGCCGAAUCCUCCUACCUCCAAGGGGAGCGAUUCGGAGUUGGCGACGUUGCCGUGGGCUCUUACUUGUCUUACAUCCCUGUCUUUUUCCCAGACCAAAUUUCACUUGACGCAUACCCAUUUCUGCGAGCGUACAUCAAUCGAAUUACUUCGCGUCCCGCUUUUAAACGAACGGUCGGCGCCCCUCCUCCCUCUACGGCGUGA